AUGGAAGGCCUUGAGUCUCCCGUCGCCUCCUCUGAGUCGGGUACUUUCGGACUUAGUCCUGCCCAUUCACACCUCAACCAGUCACGCAAGCGCAAGUUCUCCCAAGCCGUCGAUCCGCCUGCUCGAGAAUACGGCCUUAUGCGAGACACGGGCCGGCAUGACACCUCAAGGUUCGUCGGCAGUGCCAGUGGCAUCCACUUCAUCCGGGGCGUUUACCUCCGCCUCUCACGCAAAUCCGCCUCCAGAGCCGGUAGCGCUGCAGCCAUCAACCAUCUUGUACCAGGAGAGGACGAUCAGCUCCAACCAGGCCGGACAUCUCGUGAUGGAGGCCAGCAACGUCUUUGGAAAGACCAUGAAGUCGCUGUCGAAACGGAAUCUACAGAGUCAUGGCCGAGCUUCGAGCUCCUCGUCACCUGGUCCAGAAGCUACUUCCAAGCAUGGCAUCCCACCCUGCCGUUCCUUAGUGCGCCUGAAGUCCUGGCCCUUUUCGAGAGAGUGAGCAACAGCGGCAUAUCGUCCGUCAGUCAUCUCGAGCAAUCUAUACUUCGUUCCGUCUUCUCUAUAUCACUGGCAGACAGCAGACAGUCGACUCGCUUCAGUGAGCCACUUCCGCCGUCGCUUGUCUUCAACACAAUUGAGGAAGCCAUGUCAGCGUCCCAGUUUGCCCUCUACCAGCCAGCCUCACUGCACGCGACACAAGCAGCACUCAGCAUCCAAUUGUUCCUCAUGUCCAUGCUCCGACUCAAUGCGGCUUCCCGCCUCGGCGGCUUGAUUGAAGCGCACAUUCGACGCCGUGUUUUCUGGUCGAUAUACUGCAACGAACGCUUUCUCUCCCAGUCUCUGGGUCUCCCACUCGAUAUCAAGGAUGAUGACGUCGAUGUUUGCUAUCCGGGGGAGGAAAUACACUCGACAUACGUAGAGGCCGAAGACAACCGGCUGCAGCUCCUGACAUACUUGGCAAAGCAUGCACGAAUACGAGGUCUCAUUCUUGAGUUGCGAAAUAAGUCAGUUUCCAGCCGCGACGACACUCCAACGCAUGAAAGCUAUGUCCAAGCAGAAAUGGCCCGCUGGUCAAACGAGAUUCACGACGCACUUGAAGAUGAAGACAGCGACGGCGAGCAGCCUGGCGAGGACAACAAGGAGCCACCACUUUCUCCUGGCCAUCGCAUUUACCUUUCGUUACUGAAGUUUGAGUCCAAGAUCUCUCUCAACCGACCGAUGAUGGCAUCCGAUCCCUCCAGCGGCUCCUACUGCGCAGGCCUCCAAAACUGCAUCUUCGCAGCCAGAUCAAUCUUGAUCGCUCUCAAGAAACAUCAGUCUCGCCACAAAACCAAGGGCAAAGACGAUAACGCCUUGUCUGACCCAAUACUUUGGCCUACGAUCACAGGCGCCAUAUGGAUUAGUUCUUUCAUCCUGAUCUACGCGGCAUCUGAGCGGCAACUGCCAUUAUCAAGCGCAUUGCGACAUGUCGAGGCAGGAAAAGAUAUGCUCCGCCAUAUCGCUGCUCGAGAAACAGCUUGGCCGGAAUACUGUUUGUCUGCAAUUGACGAGUUGACUGCGGCUGUGCGGGAAGUGACCAUUCCUCACUUCAUGCCGGGCAAUGUCCCGCCAGGUGCACGCCACUCAACCUCGCAACAACAGUCUCGAGGGCAGGGCAACUCCACAGAUCGAAGCCGCCGUUCUGAUUCCACAUCUGUCACUCGUCCGGCUCCUGCCCAUCCUCGUCGGAAUACGGGCUUCUCGCCCACACUGGCUACUUCUUCCGGCAUGCCUGAUGAUCCAUCCACUGGUGCAACAGACACGCGAGAGAACGGAGGUGACAAUCUGUUCUUUGGAGAGAGGAAUCGCGACAGCAGGCCACUGAGGAAUGAUCAAAACGAGCCAGUUCAGUGGCAGCAGCCAGCCGGCUCGACCACGUCUCCCCUGAACCCAGACGCGUGGCAGAUGCGAGCUCCUCAGCAAGAGCCCGGCGGGCCAGGUCGCGCAACGAUGCCCGGUCUUGGUGGGCAGCAAAUGUCCGCAACCGUAGCAGGUGGACCUUUUGCACUCUCACAGCAGGAAUUGCUGCCCGGGGAAGGGCAAGAGUCGAUGGUCUGGUAUGAUCAGCUGUUCGCGAACUCGCUCGGCGCUAUUGACUAUCCAUACAUGGCGGCGGCGCAGUUUGACUCCUCUAUUGACCCAACCUGGUCAUACUUACGAUAG